CCCGGGGAGUCAGCGCUUCUUCCCUCCCUCCCCCACUCCCCUCCCCGCUCCCUCCCCCCUUCCCCAAGAAUGUUCCGCUACGAGUCUUUGGAGGAUUGUCCUCUGGAUGAAGAUGAAGAUGCAUUUCAGGGCCUCGGAGAAGAGGAUGAGGAAAUUGAUCAAUUCAAUGAUGAUACAUUUGGGUCAGGUGCAGUUGAUGAUGAUUGGCAGGAAGCACAUGAGCGCCUGGCUGAAUUGGAGGAGAAGCUACCAGCGACAGUUAAUGAAGAGACAGGCAAUGGAGAGAGAGAUGAGAUGGACUUGUUGGGUGACCAUGAGGAGAAUCUGGCAGAAAGGCUUAGUAAGAUGGUAAUAGAAAAUGAACUAGAAGAUCCAGCUAUCAUGAGGGCAGUGCAGACCAGGCCAGUUUUACAACCCCAACCAGGAAGUCUGAAUUCCAGCAUCUGGGAUGGAUCUGAAGUUCUGAGGCGAAUCCGAGGACCACUACUUGCUCAGGAAAUGCCUGCUGUGUCUGUAUUAGAAUAUGCCUUGCCUCAGAGGCCUCCACAGGGCCCGGAAGAUGAUCGGGACCUUUCUGAGCGCGCGUUACCAAGACGGUCAACUUCACCUAUCAUCGGGAGUCCUCCUGUUAGAGCUGUACCCAUAGGCACCCCACCUAAGCAGAUGGCUGUUCCCAGCUUCAACCAGCAGAUUCUGUGUCCGAAACCUGUCCACGUUCGACCCCCAAUGCCACCUCGCUAUCCUGCUCCCUAUGGUGAGAGGAUGUCUCCAAACCAGCUCUGCAGUGUCCCGAACUCUUCCCUCCUGGGUCAUCCUUUCCCUCCUAAUGUUCCUCCUGUCCUCAGCCCCCUCCAGAGAGCACAGCUUCUUGGAGGAGCACAGCUACAGCCUGGACGGAUGUCUCCCAGCCAGUUUGCACGGGUCCCUGGAUUUGUGGGUAGUCCAAUUGCUGCCAUGAAUCCCAAGUUGCUGCAAGGGCGAGUUGGGCAGAUGCUUCCCCCAGCACCAGGCUUCCGUGCCUUCUUUAGUGCCCCACCACCCGCUACACCACCUCCUCAGCAGCACCCUCCCGGCCCAGGAACUCAUGUGCAAAACCUAAGAUCUCAGGCCCCAGUGUUUAGACCGGACACAACUCACCUUCAUCCACAGCACCGUCGACUCUUGCAUCAAAGACAACAACAGAAUAGAAAUCAGCAUCGGAAUCUCAAUGGUGCAGGAGACAGAGGAAGCCACCGGAGCAGUCAAGACCAUCUCCGGAAGGAUCCAUAUGCCAAUCUCAUGUUGCAGCGGGAGAAGGAUUGGGUUUCUAAAAUUCAGAUGAUGCAGCUACAAAGCACUGAUCCCUACCUGGAUGAUUUUUAUUACCAGAAUUACUUUGAAAAACUGGAGAAACUGUCAGCUGCUGAAGAAAUGCAAGGGGAUGGACCUAAAAAGGAGCGCACCAAGCUCAUCACCCCUCAGGUGGCCAAGUUGGAGCAUGCCUAUAAGCCAGUGCAAUUUGAGGGAUCUUUGGGAAAACUUACCGUAUCUAGUGUGAAUAAUCCCCGAAAAAUGAUCGAUGCUGUUGUGACAUCUCGGGGUGAGGAUGAUGAGACAAAAGAAAAACAGGUUCGGGAUAAGAGAAGAAAAACCCUUGUCAUAAUUGAGAAAACUUAUAGUUUACUCCUUGACGUGGAGGAUUACGAAAGGCGUUAUCUCCUAAGUCUAGAAGAAGAGCGACCUGCCUUGAUGGAUGAAAGAAAGCACAAAAUUGUUAGCAUGUAUGAGAACUUACGAGGGAAACUGCCUGGACAGGAGAGGCCAAGUGAUGACCACUUUGUACAGAUCAUGUGUAUUCGCAAAGGGAAGAGAAUGGUUGCCCGUAUCCUUCCUUUCCUCUCCACAGAGCAAGCAGCUGACAUUCUCAUGACAACAGCCAGGAAUCUCCCUUUCCUUAUCAAGAAGGAUGCACAAGAUGAGGUGCUGCCAUGCUUAUUGAGUCCCUUCUCUCUCCUCCUGUAUCAUCUUCCAUCAGUGACUGUCACCAGCCUUCUGCAACAGCUAAUGAACCUACCUCAAAGUGCAACUGCACCAGCACCCUCCAAUCCUCACCUCACUGCUGUGCUACAGAACAAGUUCGGCCUGUCACUGCUCCUCCUCCUCCUGAGCCGCGGAGAAGACUUACAGAGCUCAGACCCUGCUCCAGAAUCAACACAAAAUAACCAGUGGACAGAGGUGAUGUUCAUGGCAACCCGAGAACUUCUACGGAUUCCGCAAGCAGCCCUGGCCAAGCCAGUCUCUAUACCCACCAACCUAGUGUCCCUCUUUUCCCGCUAUGUCGACCGGCAGAAACUGAACUUGCUGGAGACAAAACUGCAGCUAGUUCAGGGGAUACGAUAAAAGAUCUCCAAAUGUGUCCUGUACCUCCUGUUGGCUGCCACCUGCACUGCUGCCAUCACCAAUGGAGUGUUUUUAAUGAGGGAGGGAAGGUAGCUUAUUCCCCAAAGCAAAGCCUUGUGUGAUCAAUUCCUGUUCACAGGAGUUGUCUCUAAAUGCCAGGUAUUUCCCUACUGCUCUGUGAAAUUUGGCUGGGUGACACUUCUGCUGGUUUCUUCUUUACCUUCUAUGUUACAAUUCUGCAUGUCCUACUUUUACUCAAUUCUUCGCAAUUUUGCAUUUUCUUUGCCCUAGGGACACAAAUAUAAUCUUGCCCUUUGUUCCACCACCACCACUCCAGGUCAGAGUAGAUUGUAGCCUACCAAAGGAUUCCUUCCCUUAUCCUAUUGAAAUUUUUCAUUGCCCCGUAUUAAUAUGACUGUAGGAGAGCAAAUUAAGUAGAAGUCAAGAUAUAGAGAUGUUUAUACACACCCACACUUAUAUACAUACAUUUAUGUGAUCUCCAGAGGGUCCUUAAUAGGCAAGUUUUACAUUAAAAAAUCAUUAGUUGACACAUGCCUCCUCUAAACACAAACCAGCUGAUGUAUUUUAGUCUGUUUCUAUUCCAUCUUAUAAUUAAUUCGGUGGGCCCUAUUUGUUUUAAUAUAAAUACAGGGUAUGCAGCGCAUCUAAUGAAAUCGGAACUCUUUAAUUGGCUGAUGCCCAGCUCUAGGCCGAGAAGUUCCUUUUUCUUCUCCCCACCUGUAUUUCCUUUGUUUCUGUUCACUUUAAUGGAAACAGCACACGGUUAUGCCUUUUUCCUGCUACAGCUAUAGCGUACUUGAGCCUGUCUUCAAGUGCAUUCAGGACCACCCAGGAUGAUCCUCACUUACAGCCUGCUUCUGCAGUGUAGCUUUUAGCACACUCGCCCUGUCUUCCUGAAACUACUUCAGUAAGCCAUGCUUUUACUUCUCUCUCCCUGAAUUUAUUUGGUGUAGCCAUGGAAGCUAAGUGUUUGGCCUGCUCUGCUCUUUAGUCACCUCCAUACCACAGUCCCUGCUACUUCAUCUCACACAGGCCCCAUUCCCAGGCAGCCAGGGGCCUGGAUUUGAAUUCCAGCAGGGACAGCAUACUGUUAUCUUUCUCACUUACCCUUUUCCCAUUCAGCUAUCUACCGAGAUCAGGGGCUUUGAUCCCUAGUGAUUCCAGUCGUGAAGGAAGUUAAAUCUGAAUUAAUUUUAUGUUACCGUCCUGAUCUACUUUCUGCUGUUCUCACCUUUUCGAAUGUAGUUGGGGAAAAAUGGGGAGACAGAUUAUGAUAUUUAAAGAGAAUGAACAUUUUGCACAUACAUGUAUUGUACAACAGUAAAAUCCUCCGUUAUAACCAGCUGUCCGUGUUCUCCAUCUCCGUAUCUUCCCAUUUGGUAGCCCCAGGCUCUACCAGCUGUCCCAGUGACCAUGGCCUAGCUUCCCUCCACCAUCACUUACUAUCUCCACUCUGCAGCUGUCCUGCCUUUCCUUCACAACCGAUCAAGUGAACACUUGAUAUUAUUUCUUCCUUACUGUGCUUUAUCUUUUUUGUUCGGUUCUAAUUAAUGAAAAUAAAAGUUUCUAAAUUUACAU